AUGUCGUUCGUGCUCACCAGACCCCCCUCCCCACGAGCAGACAUGCAUCACUCGGAAGAAGAUUCGCUCGUGACCGCACUCAAUUCCGCCCUCCAGUCCUUCACCGGAGCCCAGCACGGCUCUCACACCCCCCACGAGCACGACAUGCAUAGGGACAGAGCCGACAAGAAUGCGCCUUACCUCGACAUCGUCGUCAACUCCGAUACCCUCACCCUCCGCGGCACAGGCGUCGACGUUGAUCCCGCCCUCCUCAGUGGCAACCUCGUCCUCUACCUCUCCGAGCCCACCUCCCUCAAGGAGAUCGUCCUCCAGUUCAGGGGCAAAGCCCGCCUCCCCGUGUCUGCGUCCGAGCCACUCUCUCUGAGCUCCAACCAGCUCACGUACCUCGUCUGCAACCACGAAUGGUCCUUCCUCGAAGGCAACCGCUCUCAUGCACACACCCUCAAGGCCGGCCGCCACCUCUUUCCUUUCCAGCUCCAGAUUGGUGGCUCCCUUCCGUCGUCCAUCUCCACCACCGCCCUUGGCGGCGCCUCCGUCCAAUACAAGCUACGCGCCACCGCCGUUCGUCCUGGCUUCGGGAUCACUCACCGCGACCUUACCGCGCUCCACCCGAUUCAAAUCGUCCGCGGCUUCGGUCCCGAGGCGCUCGAGUACCAGCAGACGCUCGAGAUCGAGAACACUUGGCCCGAGAAGCUCAUGUACAGUAUCAUGAUCCCUCACAAGGCAUGGGUUGCGGGCGAGAAGGUGACCGCUGUCGUCAAAUUCUCUCCCCUUGUCAAGGGUGCACGCGUCCUGAACGUGACUACGACAAUCAAUGAGGCUGUCAAACUCAAUGCCCGCUCGGGCAUCCAAGAGAGCACUCGCGUCAUCUCGAGUACGCGCCAUGAUAUCGUCGAUGGCGAGGCGGUCUGUACAGACGAGCAGCACCAUCGGUACCGCAUCCCACUCCUCCACCAUCACGCGCACACUACACGGCACUCGACGUCUGCGAGUCCGCACACAGUACACGGUCCCGCGGCGACGAACGGCCACAGCAGCACUACAUUGCCUUCAGGCUCGCCCGCACCAUCACCGCAACGAAAUUCGGCAGAGUUCACGCCUCUGACGACGACGACGACAAACUCAUCUCAGUCCUCGGGCGUCGGUUCUUCUCGGCCACCACGGCCGUCGAGUUCUGCCGGAACCUCGCACCCGUCGAGUGAGAGCGAGUCAACAUCAACCCUUCCAGUAUCGUUGCCGCCGCCGCCACAGUCGCCUAUAUCUCUAGAAACUACAGAGGCGGAUCUCAUAGAGCAUUCGGUAGAUGUCGUCACAACGUUGAACAUCACGGUCCCUGCGCAUGCGACGCCCAGUCAUGGAUUAGAGGCGAGUUUCCCUAUACAAGUCUCACACAGAAUCCGUUGGUCGAUCCUCAUCGGAAAUUCCGACGGACACACGUCCGAGUUGCGCUGUUCCCUUCCACUGCACGUCCUCGACCACCGACUGUACGAAGAGGCACGUGCGGCCACAUUGCACACCCGGCGCAUUUUACUCGGCCCACAAGACGUCGAGGGUGGACAAGCAAUCGGUACCCAUGGCGAAGAUGACGCAGAGGAGGAUAUGGACCUGCCCUCGUACCCAUCCCACGUCCGAGAUCGCGUUGCGAACGCGUACAUCCCCGAUUCAGCUGUCAUGCGGGUUGUUAACCCCUGGGUCUUGCAAGGUAUCAGCCCGACAAUGGCCCUUGCGCAAUCGGAACACUCGUCUGGGAUGCAGUCCCCCGCCGUGCUUGAGACAUGGCAAGUCCCACAUGGUUCUGUGCCGCCAUCAGGCAGCGUACACUCCAAUCGACAUCUCCCUCACGAUCCCGCACCUGGCGCGGCGCCGCUCGAGUGGGUCAACACAGAGCUGCUGUUGAGCUUGCGGGGAGAGCCAAUGGCACCGGAGGCGUCCGCACAACAGCCUCCGCCCCGGACCACACCACCGAGCCGCACACCACCAGAGUCGUCACCUGCCAGUCGCCAUGGGUCGCGCUUCCCAAGUCGUCGACAGAGUCGGGCAAACAGUCGAGCCGCUAGCCCUGAGCGCGGAUCGCCGACGGUACUGAGCUCGAGUGGGGGCAUGCACGGCCCACAUGGGCACGGUGAAACAUAUGUGCAUAGCCAUAGCACUGCAAGCCGGAAUAUGCACUCGCUCUUCAACAUCGCCAUGAAACCGUUCACGAGUCUAAGUAACACUUUCUCGCUCAGCUCUCGUAGUACCAGCCACACGAAUCUGCACGGGCACGGGCACUCGCAUUCACAAUCUGGAGUAUCUACAGCGAUCGGGUCCCCGUCUGCAAACGCGUCGAUGGUCAACUUGAAUGGCGUCGUUCAUCCGUCUCAGCCGAGCGCGAUGACGAGUCCGCAGAGGCUACAUUACGCGUUCACUGAAGUGCCGGACUACGAUAUGGCGAGCCGGGGGUUCCUAGGUGGCGGGAUUACGCCGUUGUCCAGCAUGCGCGGGCUGCCGAGCUAUGAGGAUGCUGCGGCGAUGCGUACUGCAGAGCGGGGAAGCGGGUUCAGCGCGGCGGAGAGGAGCUUCAGUGAUACGGACCUGGCGGGGAUGUUUUUGACCGUGCAGAGACAGCGACGGGCGCAGCCUCCUGUACCCCGAACGGUCGCGAGUACGCCUCCGCCGCCAAUGUCGUCACCACAACUCCCACAAGGUGCCGCGUCUGUGUCGCUCACUUCGCCAAUCGCCAGCUCGUAG